AUGGCGGCUCCCAUGCUGGUCCCGGGCCGGGCUCUGCUGCGGGCGGCCGCUGAGCGGCUGGUGCAAGGAGGAAUCCGGGUGCUGCUGCGGCUGCCACUUGAAGCCCCCGGCCCAGAGCGCAACUUCAGCCUCUCUCACUGUCGGAGCACGGUUAUCAUGGAGCGCUGGUGGAAGGUGCCGCUGGCCAGGGAGGGACAGAAACCGCGCUUGCACCGGCGACACCGCGUCUACAAGCUGGUAGAGGACACGAAACACCGGCCCAAUGAGAACCUAGAGCUCAUCCUCAUGCAGUCAGUAGAGGAGCUUGGAGUCCGGGAUGACGUGGUUUCGGUGAAGAAAUCUGUGGGCCGUAAUCAACUGCUUCCUCAAGGACUGGCGGUAUAUGCAUCUCCUGAAAACAAGAAGUUAUUUGAAGAAGAGAAAUUGCAAAGACAAGAAGGAAAAUUAGAAAAGAUCCAGACUAAAGCAGGUGAGGCGACAGUGAAAUUUCUGAGAAGCUGUCACCUGGAGGUGGGGAUGAAGAACAAUGUCAAAUGGGAGCUAAACCCUGAAAUAGUUGCCCGCCACUUUCUCAAAAAUCUGGGUGUUGUGGUAGCCCCACAUGCAUUAAAGUUACCAGAAGAGCCCAUCACACGGUGGGGCGAGUAUUGGUGUGAGGUGACGGUAAAUGGCCUUGACACUGUAAGGGUACCCAUGUCUGUGGUGAACUUUGAGAGGCCCAAGACCAAAAGAUAUAAGCACUGGUUAGCCCAGCAAGCUGCCAACAGAAUGACCUCUACCAGCUCCCAGACAAUCUGAACCUACCUGUUCUCCCUCAAAAGCAGCAAAGCAGAAUCUGAGGCACAGUGGAGCAAAGAUGGGCCAGCUCUGGCCGAA